GCACCCCUCCGUUGGUGUCCACACGGGAGACCUAGAAUGGGGGAACCACCGAGGAGCUGCCACUCAGAAAAAUCCAAUUUCUACAUAUUGACAUUUACUAAUUGCUCGUGUGAGCCAAACAAAGCGUUAAGUAAACAGUAUCCGGAGACAACUACAGAAAACUUUAGCUAGCAGACGGUAGCGCUGCUAUUUAGGGCUUGUGCGGUUUUAGGUAACGACUCAUUUUUAUUAAUUAGCUAAAUUUAUGUAUUUCUAUUAUUUUGCGUGUCAGUGAAUUGCGUCUAUUUUAGGGUACCGUUCCUCAUCUCAAGGCACACAUCACUAAAGUGAAGAGGAUUCAUUCUGACUCUGAAAAACAAACAGGAAAUGUGGCAAAAUGAGCCCCCGAUGAGGAUAAUUCUUGUUUAUUUAAGAUAUUUUUUGCGUGACUGUUUGAUAACCAUGAUAGCAGGCUGCAACCGCUGCCGUCGUGGUGUUUUUCCCCUCUAAAACACAGCAACAGUUAUUUUCAUUCGGGAAAUGCAAUCUAAUUUAUAGGUGAUUUUGCUCUUUCAUGGAAAGCUUUUGCUGUUACUUUUGAUUUUGCCAGUCAUCAGAUGGGAAUGCUUGGACAUUCAGUCCUUCGUUGACGCUGUAAGGUGUUGAAGUGCGUUGCAAUCUAUCACAAUGGUGCAAAUGUGUGAUUUUGCAGAGGGGUUUCAUUCAGAUGAGGCACGGAAUAACCCAGUUUUGAGCAUUUUGGUCUACACCUGAGUCAUUCGUCAAAAUGGCUGUCUGUGCAGUCUUGUUAUAAUUGAUUAAUAAUGUAAUUAUGCUGUCAUUGAUUUUUUCAAGCACAAAUGAAUAAAAUAUGCCUUACAGGGGAUUACAUUUAGCUUAAUUUUGUUUUUAAACUAACUAAAGCUCGCUUUAAGGAUGUUCUUUAACCCACGCUUGUGUCAGACCCUUUUUCUCUGCCCUAAUGACACCCUGGGAGGAAUUUUUUUUAUUGUAAGUCGACCCCCCAUAGGUGCUCUGUCUUCUGCUAUUACUACCAUCUCCACCUGUGGAGUCAUGCCUGGGGCUACCAGCUCCAGCUCUCCAGGGUAUCAACACAAACACUCAACAUCCCCUUUGAGGAGCUAAAAUAUACAUUAAAGACAUCUUUAUUUCAUCAUCGAUAGGUCUCAGUUUUUGUUGCAGCACGAUGGAUAAUUUAUAACCGGGACUGCGUUAAAUCUGCUUUGAGUUUUUCUUUUUCUCGUGGCUGCUGCAUCUGCUGAAUCAAACCAAUAAUAAUCUGAUGUAGCAGAUGAGCAUCCCAUGCCACCAGCGUCAUCAGAGCUCAUGAAUGCCAAGGCUGAGCAGUUCUACAGGCUGUGGCGCAUUUACAAUAUUAAGUAGGCUGCUGAAAUUGCUUGUGUAGGUGGAGGCGCGCAUGUUCUGUCACACAUGUAGCCGCUGAAUCAGAAUUCUUGAUUGAUGGCUGACUGAUUUUUAAGAGGUCUUGCGAUGUGGAGAGUUUAAAUCAUCUGCUGGUUUUGGUUGGAAACUUUUCUUCAGAUGUGGUUCAAAUCUCUCAUUGUCCGCUCCUUGUCUGUAAGCACAGAACUUACCAGGACCUUGUUUUUUUUUCUUUCAAGCUAAUUCUUGAGGUUUGGGUUUUGUGUCUGCGGUGUGAUUCGGAUGUGGUCGUACUUCUUUUUGGCAAGACGGAGAAGUGGAGGACGUUUGCAAUACGUCACUGACAGAAGCUGGUAAUGAGGUUCACUGGGCAGCCUUUCCCAUGGUGUUGAUCAGGUUUCCGUGCAGCUGUUCUAGGAGUUGGCAUCCAGUUUUCCACACGGAGAUCUCUUCACACAGGAAUCCAAUGCAGAUGGCUUUUUAGAGACUUCAGCAGUGAAAAUCUGCAACAGCAUCUUUAGUUUCAAGCUGUAGCUCUUCAGAGCUCCAGAUGUGAACGUCUCUCAUCACUUCCCUCCGUGGGCAUCAUGAUGUCUCAAAUCUAAAACCGUCAGCAUCCUAUCUUUACCUUUUCCUCCCACCUCCCCUCCCCACACCCUCUACCAUCCUCAUCAUGACUAGUCUGAAACGCUCUCAGACCGAGCGCUCGGUCGGAGGCUCUGUACCAGCCACCGAUGAGUUCUACACCCGUCGCCUUCGACUGCCCAAUGGAGGAGCACCGCCACCUCGCAGCGAAAGCGCACACAUCUCCUCCUCAUCAACCACUGGCACCAACCCCGGUGUCCCUAAAAUGGGGGUUCGAGCUCGAGUAGCUGAUUGGCCCCCAAGGAAAGAUGGAGGAGGAGGAGGAGGAGGGGGAGGAGGAGGAGGAGGGGUUUGGCACAUCACCGUGGAAACAGACUCGCCUAGCUCCACCAAUACCACCAGCUCUUCAGGAUCAGGAAGUGGAGACAGAGAAAGACUUCUGGGAGGAGGAGGGAGUGGAGGAGGAGGAAUCAGUAGUAGUGGUGGCAGUGGAGGUGGAGGUGGACGAGAAGGAGGAGGUGUGUCCGCCGUCACGGCCCACAGCAACCUCUCGGCGAAGUUGGGUCACCUCAUAAGCCCACAAGACUCAUCCAUGCUGCGCAACAUCCAAAACACACUAAAGAACAAAAUGCAAAGCAAAGGGAAGGACAGUCGCUUCCUGUCACCUGACGGUUACCAAGGUUCUCCUCGCAAAGGCAUGAGACGCAUCCGCCAGCGCAGUAACAGCGAUAUAACCAUCAGUGAGCUGGAUGGGGAUGGCAACGAGGGCUGGUCCUUUUCUGGAUGGACACCCAUGCACCGGGAGUACGGCAGCACCUCCUCUAUCGACAAACACGGUGUGUCAGGAGAGAGCUUCUUUGACAUGCUAAAGGGCUACCAGUCAUCAGAGACUCCCGAUCAGCGAAGCCCAACUCCGGAGCGGCUAACAGAACUUCUUACUGUGGCGCCUAUAAAACAGGCUGCCUUGGACCUGCCAGAUGGACCCCUCUGUCCAGCCAGAGGUAGUCCCGCCAGCCGCUUGAAGGAACGAGAGAAGCACUUAAAGAGAAGGUCAAAGUCAGAAACGGGGGGAGAGUCUAUUUUCAGAAAGCUACGUAGCGUGAAGGUGGAGGGCGACACAUCGAGAGCCGGCUCAGACGCCGAAGAUGGGGGCAAAGGAGAUGAAAGCGGCCCACCUCCAAAACCUUGGAUGUGCCAAAAAGGUUUUGCCCAUUUUGAUGUGCAAUCUUUAUUGUUCGACCUCAAUGAGGUAAUCCAUAACCGUCAAUCUGGGGCCAAACGCAAGAACACCACAACAGGUGCCUCUGCUGCCGCCGCCGCAUCUGCAUCUGCUACUUCCUCCCUUUCCUCCAAUCAGAGUGGGACAUAUGGGUCCCCCUGCGGCUCGCAAGAAGAGUUAUGCAAGGACGGUACAGGAGGAGGACACGGAACCAACCCUGCCUUGGACCCUGGUGACGACAAGAGCAAUGAUUUGGUUCUCAGCUGUCCUUGUUUUCGGAACGAGAUCGGUGGAGAGGGUGAGAGAAACAUCUGUCCUUCUAAACAACAGGGCAGCAUAGGCAGCGGUGGAAGCUCUAGCAGUUCCUCUGGCAGCACAGAGGAAGGACCUCUGGAUGCCACGCUCACCACCCACUUCACUAACGCUGGCGUGGCCGUGUUGGAGGCUUCUAAAGAUGGACAGAGUCAGCAUGCAGACAGGUCCAAAAGAUACAUUAUGGAACACGUGGACCUUGGUGCCUAUUACUACCGGAAGUAUUUCUAUCUGAGAGAGCACUGGAACUACCUGGGGGUGGACGAGAACCUGGGUCCGAUGGCGGUGAGUCUGAGGAGGGAGAAGCUGGAGGAGCACAAAGAGCAUGGCCAGCAGUACAAUUACAGGGUCAUCUUCAGAACAAGUGAGCUUAAUACCCUACGUGGUUCCAUCCUCGAAGAUGCAGUACCAUCCACAUCCAAGCACGGUCUUGCUCGAGGCCUGCCCCUCAAAGAAGUGCUGGACUACCUCCUUCCCGAGCUCAAUGUUCACUGCUUGCGUCUGGCGCUGAACACGCCUAAAGUCACCGACCAGCUGAUGAAGCUGGACGAGCAGGGGUUGAGCUUCCAGAGAAAGGUAGGAGUGAUGUACUGCAUGGCAGGCCAGAGCAGCGAGGAGGAGAUGUAUAAUAACGAAGCAGCUGGGCCUGCAAUGGAGGAGUUCCUCCAUCUGCUGGGAGACAGAGUCCGACUCAAAGGCUUCAACAAAUACCGAGCUCAGCUGGACACAAAAACUGACUCGACAGGCACCCAUUCUUUGUACACGACGUACAAGGAUUAUGAGAUCAUGUUCCACGUGUCGACCAUGUUGCCGUACACACCCAACAACAAGCAACAGUUGCUGAGGAAGCGUCAUAUUGGGAAUGACAUCGUCACGAUUGUGUUCCAGGAACCUGGGGCGCUCCCCUUCACUCCCAAAAACAUUCGCUCACACUUCCAGCACGUCUUUGUGAUUGUACGGGCUCAUAACCCUUGUUCUGACAACUGCUCCUACAGUGUGGCAGUAACCCGGUCCAAAGACAUGCCCUCAUUUGGCCCCCUUAUCCCUGAGGGUGUGACCUUUCCCAAGUCAUCCGUGUUCCGGGACUUCCUGCUGGCCAAGAUCAUCAACGCUGAAAACGCUGCCCACAAAUCACACAAGUUCCGAGCCAUGGCUACUCGAACGCGCCAGGAGUACCUGCGCGACCUGGCAGAGCGCCACGCAACCAGCACUUCUAUUGACCCCUCAGCAAAGUUCCCUUUUAUCUCACUGGCUCAUAAAAAGAAAGAGAAGACUCGCCCUUAUGACGGUGCGGAGCUGCGCAGCCUGGGAGCGGUGACCUGGCAGGUUUAUGCUGAGGAUCAUGGGAACGGAGGGGAAAUAGAGGCUCUGUUGGCCAUUUCCAAUGACUUUCUCAUCCUGUUGGACCAGGAGGCCAAGGCCGUGGUGUUUAACUGUGCCACUAAGGAUGUGAUUGGCUGGACGCUCAGCAAUCCAGCAUCGCUAAAGAUUUUCUACGAGCACGGGGAGAGUGUUUCCCUCAGGAGUAUCAAUAACAAUACAGAGGAUUUCAAAGAGGUCGUCAAACGUCUCGAGUUUCUGACUAAAGGCUGUGAGACGUCGGAGAUGACGCUUCGUCGAAACGGCCUGGGACAGCUGGGCUUCCAUGUGAACUACGAGGGCAUUGUGGCUGAGGUUGAGCCCUACGGCUACGCCUGGCAAGCAGGACUGCGCCAGGGAAGCCGUUUGGUAGAAAUCUGCAAAGUCGCCGUGGCAACGCUGACCCACGAGCAGAUGAUUGACCUCCUGAGGAACUCUGUGACCGUACGCGUUGUCAUCAUCCCACCACACGACGACGCCACUCCACGCAGGGGCUGCUCGGAGCUCUAUCGAGCCCCCAUGUCAGAGUACAAGGGCAGCAGCAGCGAUAGCGGCUCCUUCGAGUACAAGUUCCCUUUCCGCAGCAACAACAACAAGUGGCAGAGGACGUCGAGCAGCCCUCAGCAGUCUCUGACCGCCUCCCCUCAGCCCCACACGCCCAACAGAGCCGUCAGCCUGGGAAGCUCAGUGGGGAAGACGCUGUCGGCCGAGAGGCUGGAGAGAGGAGCCGCCAUUCCGCGGAGCGUCAGCAGCGAUGGACGACCUCUGGACUCCAAGAGGAUGUCUCCGGGCAGUGAGAGCUACAGCCUGGCCUCCUCCCUGGCUUUGGGUCGCUCCCCUCACAACCGCAGCUCACCCAGCAACCUGUCUUGCUCCACUGAAGCGUCUGGAAGCUCCGCCCACUGGAGACAAAAGUCUAUGCCAGAGCAGUUUGCGAGCAGCCGCCAUUCUCCGAUGUCCUCGGAGAGGAGGGAGGUGGCUGGAGAGGGAGGGUCCAGCGGAAAAGCCACUCCCAAUUGGUCGAGAAUGGAGGAAGGUGGAGGAAGUGAACGAGGCUCAACAGAAGCCCCGGUUGCCAAGUCUGGUCAGGGCUACUCGGGAGCUCCUCGCAUCCAGAGGCAAGAGCAAGUCAUCCACAUUUCCCCAAAGAAGGGCAGUCAGUCAGAUGGCCCUUACUCGGGUCACUCCAGCAGCAACACCCUAUCCAGCACCACUUCCAGUGGGGGCCACAGCGACAGCGACAAAUGGUACGAUUUGGGAGCGGGAGGGGCGUCCAGCAGUGACCAGGGUGAGCCAGAACCCAACGGCCUGGGCGGAGGAGGCUACCUUCAGGGGGCCUCGGCCGACAGCAGCAUCGACGCCGGCUCGUACGGAGCUCCGCAUCACUCCCACCCCCACUCCCAUCACGGCAGCACCACGUCGCUGUUGGCUCCCAGCGGAAGCAGAGAAAGUAAGGAGCGGACGCCUUCUCCGUGGCACAGUCCAACAGAGGGAGGGCGCAGGAUGCUGGAGAGGUCACCUGCUGCCGCCGAGCCUUGUGGUCCUCCCAUAGAAAGAAGCAUGACUGAGGUGGGGCGGACUCCUCCCACCCACCUCCUGGUUAGAGACAGCAGCACCUACAGUCUGAGUGAUGGAGGAUCUCACUCAAGGCACUCGGGACACAGCUCUCCCAGAGACGAGUCCUCGUCUUCGGCCACCUCUCCAUCGUCUCAGUCCUCCGUGGCCCCGGGGCCCAAGAGCUUCUACCCCCGUCAGGGAGCUCAGUCCAAGUAUCUGAUUGGAUGGAGGAAGCCAGGCUCCACCAUUAAUUCUGUGGACUUUGGAGACACCAGGAAGAAAUCUCCUGGAGAAGGUGGAGGAGAGCUGCUCCCAACCCCGGCAGCAAGACCAUCCCUUAGGGACAUGCACUUGCCUCAGCAGCACGCCAAGUCCACCGUAGAGGAGGAUGUGAAGAGGCACGGUGUUCACGACAGCCCCCCACCACCCAGGAAGCACAAAGAAAAGCACGGCCAGAAGUCUCCUCCGGGUCAGCCGCUCAGCCGGCGCCGCUCGCUCCACCGUACCCUGUCAGACGAGAGCAUCUACCGCGGCCAGCGGCUCCCGUCUCUGAGCGACUCGGUGACCGAACCGGCGCUUAGCCCCGACGUCCUCUUCAGCUGCUCCACCCUUCCCCGCUCGCCCACCACCCGUGGCGUUCCCCUCAGACGACCUUCGUACAAGCUUGGAGUCAAACUUCAUGGUGACCUUUCUGCGUCCGACACAUCGCUGGUGGACUUGGUGGAGCGUCAUCGUGGACCCCUCCCCCAGGAGCUGAUGCCCCUCCCGCCUUCAAACAGGGACAGUCCUCUCCAGUGGACACACCUGGUGGAUGUGGCCAGCACUUUUGAGAACGAGAGAAGCACUCACUACAUUCAGAGGAGUUAUGUUUUUGGGGAUUCGAACCACCGGAGCAGCGGCGCAUCCAGUCCCCAGCAGCCUCACAUAGAGCUGCAGCCGGCUCCUCUGUCACGACCCGCAUCCAGCGAGGGUCACAUAGGGCUGGAGAGGAAGGUGACCAAACUAGAAGCCGUGGUGAAGAUGCUGCAGGAGGACCUGAAGAAGGAGCGGGAGGAAAAGUUACGGCUUCAGUCUCAGAUCAAGAGGCUCUGGGAAGACAACCAGAGACUGCAGGAGGAGUCCCAGACCUCUGCUGCCAAGCUCAAGAAGUUCACCGAGUGGGUCUUCAACACCAUCGACAUGAACUGACCUCCCGACGGCAACGUUUUAACUCCAGAAGCACAAAGUUCAUCAGCUCGCGCAGCCACGGCGAAGAGGCAGAAGGGGAUCAAGCUGAGGCUCCUCAACCCUCCACUGAGCUCAGAAUACAACCAAUGUCGCUAAACAUCAACAAUCCAAGAACAGAUUCAAGAUUAUUAAAUAUUUUAUUUCCACUUCCUGCCCCUCAAACCCGAUCCAUAGCUGAAGCUAAAGCUUCAACCCCUGUUGUGCCGUAGAUGUGCUUCUUCUUUCCCGUUGGGCCGUUUACGUUUAAAUUUCUACCAAAAUAAGGUGUUGCUGCUGUGAUAACAGUCAAAUCACAGCUGCUCAGACAUCCAGGUGAUCUAAAAACCACCCAGACAGGUACGCAGGAGCAGAAAAGCACACCAAAUCCAUCUGAAGCUGCAGCAGCACGCGGCUGAGGAGGUCUCAAGUGUAAAACGUUUGUGUUUUCUCCUCAAACAGCCAGCCUCAGGCCUUUUUAUUUCUCUGCACCCCCUCCACCAACACCUGAAAGAGGACAAGGUCUAAAAGCCAUUGGCAGAUAUCGUGCCAUAAAACCAAACGGAUCCAAAGCGCUUUGGUCCACCUCCGUUUUACGUCUUUAAAGCAAUAGGAGGAUGUCUGGACUCGUGUUUUUCUCACAGCGACAGAGGAGAGUCAUCUCUGAGAACAGAUGAUGCUGUGCUGCACCAGAGACCUCGUCCUUUUCCAGGGAACUCGGGUCAAAGGGACUUGAGGACUCGACUUCGCCCCACCACCUGCAACACACAGAUAAAAAAUCAGAGACAAUUCUGGGUUUUCACUCCCAGCUUUAUUUAUUUCCUUGUAUAAUAAAUCCAAUAAGUGAAUUGUUCUAUUCGUCCAGUCCAGCUGACGGUGUUUAGUUCUUUACGGCUAACGAUCACUAGCGGUGUCAUUCAUCCAUCUUUCUUUCCUAACCCCGCCUAAAGCUGGACUAUAUGCUUUUUAUUCCGUUGUAUUUCGUGGUGCCCGAGCCUGCUGUUGUGUUGCUUACAGUGCCCUCUAGUGGUGACCAGUGGAACAAAUGUCAUGCCUUGUAGUCGUGCUGCCUGUCACUGUACUUUUCUCCAACGCCUCUUUAGUAACCGGCGAGCCAUCGAGUCCGCGCCGACACUCGGAACCAGAAGAAUCAGCAGCUUUUUAGAGACAAUCAAAGGUAGAUUUUUAAUAGCAAAAGGAGCAGAUUUAGUGUGUGGAUGUGUUCGUGCGUGACAUCUACAGUUUUCCUCAGGUUGUCGGAAGGUAGAGAAAAGUUGCAGCUCGGAGUGUGAAUGUACAUCCGUCUGUCCAGCCGUGCCUACACUCUCCGGUGUUUGGUCAUUUACUCCCCAGGCAGAGCAGGGACGUGCCUUUGAAGCAGCUCCUGGGGGGGAAUCCUCAUCCUGAAGGUUGAACACACCUGCUGCAGCAACACACACACCUGACAGGGUCACUUUUAAUCGGAGGCGUUAACCGAGUGUUUGGAUACGUGUGCCUUUGCAUCUAUUGCCUGUAUUUUAGAGCAGCAGGGUUCUGUAAGAUAAAAAAUCUAAAGUUGCACAAAUUAGAGGCAAAAUUAGUUUUCUCCUGAGUUUUAUCUUUAAAAGAGUUUAUUUCCAUCUAAAACGGUUGCAUCUAGAAGCAUGAAUGUAAAGCAUUGUGUGUUCAUCAUGUGUUGGUUCUGUUUUAGGAAUCGGUGUGUGUGAAUGAGCGGUGGUCAGACCAGCAGACGGUCACCAUCUGGUUUAGGUUUUGACCAUUUGUGGAAAUCCUCCCAGUAAGUACCAGUUCCAGUAAAACAGCUCAUUUCUGACUGGAAUCAUCCUGGUUUCCAUAUUUGUGACUCGGAAAACCGAAGGCUCCGUUAGUUUAUGAAGUCUGUGUGGUGCAAAUAUUAUGAAUUCCCAUCAUAAAGUUGACUAAUAUGUCAAUAAAACACGUUAUAAUUCCGUUUUUGAUAUUGUUUUUUGUGAAUAUUGUAUUUACUUACAGAUCUUUUCUCUGUUUUGCUUUUUUUGACAAAAGGAAAUAAGGAAUGUUGUUUAAAAGUUAGUUUUUUGUUAAAAGUCCGCUAGUUUGGGAUGUAAUAAGGGUGAAGUUAUUCCCUCCAUAAAGCGUGAUUCCCACUUUCCCUUCAGCUCCACCUGUCACAUAAGAGAGAGGGCGGUCGUGAUGUUUGCUCCGGAGUCCACGAACAAACCUGAAGAGUAAAAUAAAACUGUUUACAUCCCAGAUUCAUGGUCUUUGUAAGAUGUGUAACAAAGAAGUAUUAAACGUUUCAGAAAUAAAUAAACGCUGUAUCGG